GUGUCUGCUCUACGCAGCGCCUGCGAGCGGAGGGAGUCGGUGAAACGCGCGUGCGGUGGCUUCGGCAAUGAUGCACUGAGCCUGCCUACUCAUUCAUACUCUCAAAACAUCUCCAUUGCGAUUUAUUUUCCCAAAGUCGUAUUAUUUUCAUCGUUGCUUCUGAACUCCGCUGGAAAAAGAAGGUUUAAUGAAAGAGAACGAAAAGAAGAAGAAGCGCGCGGAAACGUUACGACUGUUUUUAUUCGCAUCGCAUUCUGAAUGACGGGCGGACGGUUCGACUUCGACGAUGGAGGCACUUACUGUGGCGGAUGGGAGGACGGGAAAGCCCACGGACACGGUAUCUGCACGGGACCCAAGGGUCAAGGCGAGUACGCCGGCUCCUGGUCCCACGGUUUCGAGAUAGUCGGGGUUUACACCUGGCCCAGCGGGAACACUUACCAGGGCUACUGGUCGCAGGGUAAAAGGCACGGGCUGGGUGUUGAGACCAAGGGGAAGUGGCUCUAUCGUGGAGAGUGGAGUUACGGGUUCAAGGGUCGCUAUGGAGUUCGGCAGAGCACCAACACACCUGCUAGAUACGAUGGGACAUGGAGUAAUGGACUACAGGAUGGGUAUGGGGUCGAGACUUACGGGGAUGGUGGCACUUAUCAAGGGCAGUGGAUGGGGGGCAUGAGGCACGGCUAUGGUGUGCGCCAGAGUGUGCCUUAUGGGAUGGCCACAAUUAUCCGCUCUCCGCUCCGCACCUCCCUGGCCUCCCUAAGAAGUGUGCAGAGCAAUGGCACCGUGCUGCAGGAUGCCAUACCCGACACACCAGUGGGUAGCCGUGGCGGUUUUGUCUUGAAUUUUCACAGUGACACCGAAGUUGUCACCGGCAAGAAGAAGGGCCUGUUCCGCCGCCGGUCCCUCUUUGGCAGCCUCCGACAGCUACGGAAAUCUGACUCCAAAACAUCCAUCUCAAGCAAGCGGAGUUCGGCACGAAGCGACGCCACCAUGAGCCGCAUCAGCUCCAGCGACGCCAACUCCACCAUCAGCUAUGGAGACGGAGAGGCACCUGAUGAAUGCAUACCUAUGGAGGACCAUGUGGACGCCACCACCACAGAGUCCUACAUGGGCGAGUGGAAGAAUGACAAACGCAAUGGGUUUGGGGUCAGUGAGCGAUCCAAUGGGUUAAAGUAUGAAGGGGAAUGGAUAAACAACAAGAGGCAUGGAUACGGUGGCACAAUAUUCCCAGAUGGAACCAAAGAGGAGGGGAAGUAUAAGAAUAAUGUAUUGGUGCGUGGGAUAAGGAAGCAGCUUAUUCCUCUAAAAAACCACAAAACAAAAGAGAAAGUGGACAGGGCCGUGGAGGGGGCUCGAAGGGCGGCAGCCAUCGCCAGGACUAAAGUGGAAAUAGCAGUUUCAAGGACAUCCCAUGCUAGAACUAAGAGUGAAGCUGCGGACCAGGCCGCACUUGCAGCCUGUCAGGAAUCGGACAUUGCCAGAACUGUGGCCUAUGAAUUAUCUCCCAGCUUCCAUCAACCAGGACUCGACUAUAUCAAACAAAAGUUCAGUGAGUCGGUGGAGGAGAUAAAAGAGGAAGCACCGAAGGAGGAAGAGAAGGAGCCUUCUGGCAGCCCUUUCUAUCGCCGUGGCACGACUCCCACCCACUCCCCUGCCCAAAGCCCAACCCCAUCACUUCCUCACUCCCCUCAGAAGAGCCAGCCCGCCAACCCCAGUGUCACCCGGAAGAUAAGCAAAGACAACACCAGCGUAGCCCGAAAGAUAAGCAAGGACGGUACUAGUGUAACCCACAAGAUAAGCAAAGAAGAGAGAGCUUCAAUUGUGGCUGAGAUCACCAAAAUAACCACCUCUCCCCCUGUACCAGCCAUCAAACUGCAGGAAGUGCCACCUCCAAAGCCCCCCAAAGCACCUCAGCCCCUGCUUAAACCUGUGAGCACGGGUAACGGACAGCUACAUGCUGCUUAUCACAGUUAUUAUGUAAAACCGAUGGUAAAGAUCCCUCCACCAGAGGAACCAGAGGAUGAAGAGCCUGAGAUGACACAAUCUAGCCUGGCCAGGAUGCCUCCACCACCUAAAAUGGUCAGGACACCCACUCCCAUACCAGAGCCCAAGAUCAGGAAACAAGAGUCUAUUAAACCAAAGAGCUUAGCAGAUACCAAGAAAGCCACCAUAGAGAUUGCCCAUGAAAAAGUAGAGGAAGAAAGUGGUCCUAACUCAAUUUUAGUUGCAAUGGUGAUGCUUUUGAAUAUUGGAUUGGCAAUCAUUUUUGUCCAUUUUCUGACAUGAAAAAGUACAAUCUCAGUGAUGUUGGUUGGCAGCCCACACAGAUGUGUCAGUGACCUUUAUGAAUCAAAACUGUACCAGGCAGUCUCCAGCAUGGCAGAGGUAGCUGAAGAAUCAACAUAUGGAAGUUUGAAACUUGUGACUUCAUCAAAUGUCAUGUGAAUCUGGUAAAAGCUGAAGAGAGGAAAAUGUUUUGGGGGGGGGGGGGGGGGGAUUACAGUUGAAAAUGGAAAACAGGCAAAGAGAAUGCUCUGUAACGUCACUCAUAUCUGCUAAUGGAAAGCCUAAAUAUCUGAUAUGUGCAGCCACUCUAUAGGCCUCUGGCUUCUGACAGAGACUUAACUGGAAAUGUUUGAUGAUGCAGUUUUACGUGAUUGGCAAGAACAGCUGCCUUACUCAUUUACCAUCUGACGUGUAACUGGGAGAUGCACUUACAGUGCCAGAGGAAUGCGUUCAGGGGACUUUGUCGCAGUGGGCAGGCGCUCUUGGCCAGAGGAAACCAAACGCGCACACCAGCGUCACUCAUCCGUCUUACACCCUUUACCAACCCACCGCAGUUUCUUCUAGCAUCUACUGCAUUCACUUUUGAGUUGAUGCUCCCUGUAAUGUACUCAUCACUUUUUGUUUUGUUUUGUUUUCAUUUACUGUUCUUUCUUUCCUUUAUGUUUAUUAACCUCAAUCACAAUUUUGUUUGAAUUAAAUGCAAAGGAAAAUCAAAAUAUACCAAUCACGAGUCCCAAUUUUUAUUGAGUUUUGGUAUGAAGGUACAGUAUAGUUUUUGAAAAUGAAAAAUAAUAUAUUAUUUAUUGAUAAUGUGCAAUAGGAUUUAUUUUUUAUGAGUAGAGAGUUUCAUUUGUCACCAAUCAGGAGCUUCACAGUUCUGUCCCAUUUGUUCUGGUUUUCAUUCCACAGUUGUCACAUUAUAUGGGGUAAGUUGUCACAGUGGUCACUCUGCCAUUUAAAAGCUUUGGCUUUUCAGCUAAAUUUAACCAGUAAAACAGUUGUGAAGGGCAAAGUAUAAUCAUAUUAAUCAUUAAAUAAUAAUUAUUAAAUUAAUUAUUAUUAUUAUUAAUAUAAAAUUAAUAAAUAAUAUUAAUAUAAGUAUAUAUAUUUACUUUUUUCUAACAGAAAUGGGAAAACAGAAAUUGUAGUUAGUAAAUUACAAUAAAUACAACACAUAUAACAACUUGCCUUAUUUAAAAUGUGACAACUUGCCCUAACCUGAAAAUAAAAAAUAAAGAAAUACUCUCGCCCAAAGAACACAGUUCAACCUUUUGAUAUUCAAGAAAAGGAAAACAUUAGCAGAAUUCAAAGAGAAACAGAGUUUAAUUUUUUAGAAAGGUAUAUGUAGGGGGAGAGGGAGCGACAGGUAUGGUGUUUGUGAUUCCCCACAUUUCAGCGAGCAAGCCCACCCAGAUUACAGCAGAACCGAUAUCAAAAAGUCUUAUAAAGUGUGUUAUUAAUUUAAUUCUGGGAAUUGUUUGUCAUGUUAAUGUAAAUUACACAUAUGCAAUUGUGCUUGCAUGUUUGUGACCAUGAAAAAAUUGGAUAUCAAAAGUCUGAAGGUAUUCAAGUAGUGCCACAGUCAGGGUGGUCCUGGAUGAAGUAGGAUGUUGCCUUUAAAAGUCUUUAACAGUACUUCUGUUUACCUCAAAAGAAAUAAGGAAAAGGAAAAAAACAAUGAAGAGAUUAAGUCUUUGUCUUAAAACUGUAGUAUGCAAAUUCUGACUGAGGGAAUCAUUGGAAUUGACUUUAAAUGUGCCACUAUAUUGUAAGUGUUUUUUUUGUUUUGUUUUGUUUUGUUUUUGUUUUUUGGGGUAAAUGAUGAUAAUUUAACUUUUUAUUUGUUAUUCUGAUCAUAUGUGCAUUUUCCCUCUUCAGAAGGUUUAUUAAAUAUUUAUUUAUUAUAUAUAGAAUUAUAGAUAUCGUUUCUAGUGUUUGGCGAGUGUAUAAGGGCUUGGGAAAUCUGCUUUUAGUUUUUGUUGCAUGGGGUCUUUAAAAUGCACUAACACCUGUCAAUAUUACAUUCAAAACAACUAUUCUGAGGGAAAAUAUGCAGAGGAAUAACAUUUACUACAUGUUUUAUUUAAAUUCUUUGCAACAGUGAACAUUUGGCAUAGUCCAACAUCAGGCCAUCUUGUUCAGGCAUUGUGUUUUUGCAUACAGAGACUCAAACACUCUGAUUCAAGGAUCGGUUAGUGCAUUUACCUAUAUUUGAUUAAUAUUGGGCAUUGGUCAAAACAUUUUGCAGUGCAAUGUGUAUGGGCUCUUUUUAUAUAUUUUCUAAAGGAGAGUUUUAAGCUCUUGUUAUAACAGGGCAGAGUUAAGAAUUAUUUUUCUAAAAACAAAUAAGGAUAAAAGGUUUAUUCUAUUUAUAAGCAUUUUUACAGAGCACAGCCAUAACAAUAAUGAAUUCUUUGAUAUUUUUCUAUGGAAGUGUACAACUGUAUUUUGUCAAAAGCAGUAACUUCUUUCAAGCAUUGUAUCUUACACAAUAUUAAACCUAUUUUUGAUUCCACAUCAUUUUCAAAUGAAUUUAAGAAUCAAUAAGAUGUAGGAAUUCUUCUUUGAACCCUUCUGUUACAUUAGCCAUUUUAAGCCCAUAAAACCCCACAUAUUUCUGUAAUUUAAAAAUGUAUUUAUCUGUAUAAUAAAAUUUGUUAUGCCUUGUAA